GCUCUCAAUCCUGGUAACCUAAAGCUCUGAGGAGGUUCACAGAUCGGAGCACCAAGAAUUCAGUUCAGGUCCUCAGCAGAUGGGCAUUAGGAUCAUCUACUAGCCAGCAGGAUGGAGACCACGCCCUUAAAUUCCCAGAAGGAGCCGUCAGCAUGUAAGGAUGGAGAAGAUUGUCAGGAAAAUGGAGUUCUAAAGAAAGGGGUCCCUGCCCCUGGGGAUAAGGCAGAGUCCGGCCAGAUCUCCAGUGGGUACUCAGCGGUUCCAAGCCCCAGUGCAGGCGACGACACUCAGCACUCCAUCCCGGCUGCCACCACUGCCCUAGUGGCUGAGGUUCAUCAAGGGGAACGGGAGAUCUGGGGCAAGAAGAUGGAUUUCCUCCUCUCGGUCAUUGGCUACGCCGUGGACCUGGGCAACGUCUGGCGCUUUCCCUACAUAUGUUACCAGAAUGGAGGGGGGGCGUUCCUCCUCCCCUACACCAUCAUGGCCAUUUUCGGGGGGAUCCCGCUCUUCUACAUGGAGCUCGCACUGGGCCAGUACCACCGGAAUGGAUGCAUUUCAAUAUGGAGGAAAGUCUGCCCGAUUUUCAAAGGGAUUGGUUACGCCAUCUGUGUCAUUGCCUUUUACAUCGCCUCCUACUACAACACCAUCAUGGCCUGGGCGCUCUACUACCUCAUCUCCUCCUUCACGGACCAGCUGCCCUGGACCAGCUGCAAGAACUCCUGGAACACUGGCAACUGCACCAACUACUUCUUCGAGGACAACAUCACCUGGACACUCCACUCAAAGUCCCCUGCAGAAGAAUUUUACACGCGCCAUGUCCUGCAGAUCCAUCGAUCUAAGGGGCUCCAGGACCUGGGGGGCAUCAGCUGGCAGCUUGCUCUCUGCAUCAUGCUGAUCUUCACUGUUAUCUACUUUAGCAUCUGGAAAGGUGUCAAGACAUCUGGCAAGGUGGUAUGGGUGACAGCCACCUUCCCUUACAUCAUCCUUUCCAUCCUGCUGGUGAGGGGGGCCACCCUCCCUGGAGCCUGGAGGGGCGUUCUCUUCUAUUUGAAACCCAACUGGCAGAAACUCCUGGAGACAGGGGUGUGGGUGGAUGCUGCUGCUCAGAUCUUCUUCUCUCUCGGUCCUGGCUUUGGGGUCCUACUGGCUUUUGCUAGCUACAACAAAUUCAACAACAACUGUUACCAAGAUGCCCUGGUGACCAGUGUGGUGAACUGCAUGACGAGCUUCGUUUCAGGAUUUGUCAUCUUCACAGUGCUGGGGUAUAUGGCUGAGAUGAGGAACGAAGAUGUGUCUGAGGUGGCCAAAGAUGCGGGCCCUAGCCUCCUCUUCAUCACAUAUGCAGAAGCCAUUGCCAACAUGCCAGCGUCCACCUUCUUUGCCAUCAUCUUCUUCCUGAUGUUAAUCACACUGGGCUUGGACAGCACAUUUGCAGGUUUGGAGGGGGUGAUCACAGCUGUGCUGGAUGAGUUUCCGCACAUCUGGUCCCAGCGCCGGGAGUGGUUUGUGCUCGGUGUGGUCAUUACCUGCUUCUUUGGAUCCCUGAUCACCCUGACUUUUGGAGGGGCCUACGUGGUGAAGCUGCUGGAGGAGUAUGCCACGGGGCCCGCAGUGCUCACUGUUGCACUCAUAGAAGCAGUUGCUGUGUAUUGGUUCUACGGCAUCACUCAGUUCUGCAGUGAUGUGAAGGAAAUGCUUGGCUUCAGCCCUGGAUGGUUUUGGAGGAUCUGCUGGGUAGCCAUCAGCCCUCUCUUUCUCCUGUUCAUCAUUUGCAGCUUUUUGAUGAGCCCGCCACAGCUACGACUUUUCCAAUAUAAUUAUCCUCACUGGAGUAUCGUCCUGGGUUACUGCAUAGGAACCUCAUCUUUCGUCUGCAUCCCCACGUAUAUAACUUAUCGGCUGAUCAUCACUCCAGGGACAUUGAAGGAGCGUAUUAUUAAAAGCAUCACUCCAGAAACACCAACAGAAAUUCCCUGUGGGGACAUCCGCCUGAAUGCUGUAUAAAACGCUUCAAUGAGAGGAAAAUGGCUUCCCAACAACCUCUUCCUCCAGUUGACAAGUCACACCUCACCUUCUCCCCUCUAAGUGAAUGACUUUCCAGCUAAGCCUGACAACGGAAGGGCCUUCUUCAUAGAGACACAGUUCCAAAAGACUAUGGUGCCCAGACUCUUAUGUCCUCCAGCCACUUCUUUCUGUGAAAUCUCCUGGACAUAUUACCAUGUUCGACUCUGUGACACAGCUGCACUGGCCUACUUUGGAUGUGUGAGGGUGAUGAAAACCACGGUAUAAUCAGUUAGGAUUAGGUUUAGAAUCAAGUCUGUGAAAGUCUCCUGUAUCAUUUCUUGCUCCAAUCACUGGUGUCUGACAUCUGUUUGUUUUUGAAGGUUUCACUGUUCAUGAAUACAUAAACCAUGUAGGAGAAAACAGGGAUGCUGUCUUGCUAGCUAUAUAUUUUCUGAGUAGCAUAGAUGUCUAUAGCUGGAAUCUCCUAGAACCCUGUAACCUGUGGAGUCAGGAAGGGAAGAUGUAAGAAACUAAACUGAAAAAUAAUAUGUAUGUGUGAGUGUGUGUGUCUGUGUAUACUGUUGUUUCAGUGUAUCCUUAUCUCUAUUCUAAUACUUUAGGCCCAUUAUAAACUAUAUGAAUUUCCUCUAAUUUUUCUUAUAUUAACAAAUUCCACGUACUCAAAUGUGUAUGUAUGCUAUUAUUUGAAGGUUAUAAUUACUA